GGAAGUGAUCACAAGAAAAGUGGCCAAGAAAAUUAAGGAACGAUUCGACGGUGCUACAGUUAAGUUGUAAACUGCAUUGUAUUUAAAGCACCAUACAUGAAGAUAUAAGUUUAUGUGACAAUAGGGCAUGGCCAACAACGAAGCUGUCCUAUCGGGCGCAGUGGAUAAAGUAACCAAAAGGCCUAGCGUUCAAUUCUUAAACCUCCCUCCGACAGAGGAUGAUGAUCCUGAUUCCCAGCAGCGACAAGACACCUUAACUAGGUCCACAAGCAGUACAAAGGAUGCCACAGGCAGCCUUGUUGAAGACAAGGAUGAGCGACCACUGGAGCGGACCAGCUCCGUGAGCGAAGAAUACAUGCGUUACCUUGACAACACUCAGAAUGUUGAAAAACGAUUCCCUGUAGACAGGAGGAAGCUUGAAGAACUCAUCAAAGUAGGGAGAGACAAUGAGAGCGCUGAAGAUUACUUCAAGCGUAUACAAGAAGAGACGAGUACCCUUAUUUUGUGGCCGUCACGACUCAAGAUUGGAGCAAAGUCUAAAAAAGAUCCUCAGGUGAAGGUGCUGGGAUUGCCUGCGUCUGUGCAGAAAGCUAGAGAGCUCAUUUUGACCGACUUGGACACCAAGUCGUCGCGUGUGACCCUCAAAAUUGACAUCCCAUGCUCUGAGCACUCCCAUGUGAUAGGGAAGGAGGGAGCCAACAUCAAGAAAGUUCACAGUGAGACCAAAUGCCACAUCCACUUCCCUGACUCGAACCGUCUCUACUCUGGUGCUGAGAAGAGCAGUCAGGUGUCAGUGACGGGGGAGGUCACCGGCGUGGAGGCUGCCAGGAAGCAGAUACGGGGUCUGGUUCCCCUGGUGAUGACAUUCACACUGCCCCUGUCCGGCUAUGUGGAUGCCAAUUCCCCCGACCUCCAGCAGAUGAUGCUAGCCUACAGUGUCAACAUUCACAUCAAACCUCAACCUCGUGCGUUCAGUGUGCUGGUGGUAAUUCGAGGUACGGUGAAACAGGCAGAUGGUAUGAAGCUGGCCGUCAACAGAGUGGUGCAGUUCAUCCUUGGAGACAGUCACCACGUCCCCAUGGUCAGUCUGAGCCUGGACGUGUCCCUACAACAUCAUCGCACACUUAUUGGGAAUGGAGGGGGGAACAUCAGGGCUAUCAUGGAGAGAAGCAACACCACGAUUCAGUUUCCAGAUCCCCAUGCUCGUUACCGUAGUAACCAAGUGGUAGUGAACGGGACAGUGGAUACUGUGCUACAAGCAAGAAAUGAAUUACUGGGUUGUCUGCCAGUGGUGCUGAUGUUUGAUAUCCACGAGUCAGACAAGGACGUGCUCAGCUCUUCUCUGAUUGGUGAGCUGUCUCAGCGUCACGAUGUGUUUAUCAGUGUCAAGCCCAAGAAAGGGCAGCUCCAGUCAGUCAUCAUCAAGAGCAUCGAGCAGAACAUCCAGUGGAUAUAUGACGCCAGAUUCAAGAUGCUCGCAUGCUCUUAUCAGCCAGGGCAACAGGCCACACCCAACAUCACCCCCACUACUGACGCACAGCCUGUUCGCCAUGCUAAUGGAGCUCUGCCCACCAUAUCUCCGAUCAGUGAGGAGCCUACGGUGGAGAUUGGCUCGACCAGCCCUGACCAACGCUCUCCCUCCAAGAGCCCUGAGCCAAGACCAGGGUCCAGUCAAGACAUCAGGAAAGAGCUGUCACCUGUCCCAACAGAAACACGUCCUCGCACUUCAUCGACCCCAUUGGGCCAAAAUUCAGCCACACCUCACAAGAUGACACCUAAACGAUUUCUCGAGUAUGAGAAGAUGAGAGAAGAGGCUGCCAUUGCCAUGAAGAAAAAGGUGGAGCCUAGUGAGCCUCGUCACCCCACCCACUAUUGGGCCGGCAACUAUUUCUCGGAGUCCAUGCCGGCAGGUCCUCCUGGGUCACGUGUUCAGACCCAGUCCCCCACCUCACCACGUGGACUACAGUCACUCACUAAGCGUGGGUAUGCAGAGCUGAUGAGACAGGCGUCCCAGGAGAGAGUUCAGGGGUUACAGGCGGAGCAGGACCUUUACAAGGGAGUGACUGAUAUCUCUAGUCUCCUCCAGCAGCUGGGACUGGAGCACUAUCAGGAGCGCUUCGAAGAGGAGGAGCUGGACUUUGACACCUUUCUCACUAUGAGCGAAUCAGACCUCAAGGAGAUCGGGGUCAACACACUCGGGGCAAGGAGGAAGAUACAGAUUGCCAUAUCAGAGUUGAAGAAGGUUAACGGGAAGACUCAGCAGCAGCCACCCCCUGGAGUGAUGAGUGCCCGAGGCUCCCUCUCCCUCGGCAGGGGACUCAGACUACAGAACCCACCAAUGGGAGGCUUCGAUAGAGGGGGGUCGCUAAAGCUGCGCCCUGGGGGCAGAUUUAGCAUGAGCCAAAGUGGACGAUUUUGACUAUUUACAUUGCUGCAUGUUCAUUUUAUUUUGUUUUAUAUAUAGCCUUUGAAGUAGUGUAAAUUUAUUUCCAAUAAUAAAUUAAAAGUCAAUUAUUAUGGUUCAAUGAGCCAUAAAAAAUA